AGCAAGAAAAACGUUAACUUCGAUUGCACCACAGUGUACCCUAUAAUACCCUUCACAAAUACUGGAUUUUUAUCGAUCUUUUUGUAUGGCGGAUUAAUGAUUUAUUUUACCGGAUUGAAAAAUUAAAAUGAAAAAUUUUAAUCCCAAGCAUAUAGUUAAGAAUUAAAAUAAAAAGAAAUUGGUUUAGAAUUAAAAUUUUUUCGCCUUUGCGCACUUCAUCCAAAUUGAAAAAUUUAAUUUACAAUUUUUAAUCCCAAACUUAAAAGUAAAAUUUAAUUUUUAUUCCCAACAUCGGCAUUAAAAAUAAAAAUUUAGUAUAUUCCAACAUAAAACACAAAAUAGCCCUUAUUUUGCUUAUACAAAAGCGUUCGAUUUGUUUGAUUUUAAAUUAAUAACACGACCUUUCUAUUUCAAUUUAAAAAAUAAAAGCAAAUUUUAAUUGUAAUUAAAGUAUAAGUUAAAUUAAAUUAAAAUAAAACAUUAAAACUUUUUCAUCGCGUGUCAGUCUCUUAAUUUCGAGCUCAUUUUGUAAGCCUCACUAACUUUAAAAUGAUUUAGUCUACAAUUGAAUGUGUUUUGUUUUUAAUUUUUAAUAUUUUUGAUAAAUAAUAUGUCACUUAUUUCUAAAUAAAACAGUUUGAUAGUAAAAAUAUAAAAUAUUAUCAAAUCUGCGUAACACUUAAAAAAUUUUUUUUUUAACGGUAAGUAUGGCUAAAUCGAUUCAGCUCAUCACACUGAUCAUUCAUAUAUAUUCUUUAUUGCGUUUCCGGUGUUUCUUUUUAAGUGUUACAAACUUCGCGAAUGACUUUCGUUAUUCUAAGCGUACUUUUUUUUUGAGGUAUCAGACUUCUUAGAUAAGCGUGCUGCUCAAUAUUUCCCAUGAGGUAUGCAGACAUUGUUAUAUCGUGUACUCGUAGGACGCAUCAAAUCUGGUAGAUGUGUAACAAAACACACAUUGACAUAAAUGUUGUCUAAAAGCGCAAACAUACCAAUCUACAUACAUAUAGACUUAUAUGCCAUCACAAUGCUUACCAGCUAGAGCGUGGAUUGCAGCACAAUGUCUUUGAUAAGGGACUUUUUGCUUUUUUAUCAGCAUUAACAGCCAAGCGACCGCUGAUAAUGUGAUUGGCCUCAUAAAAAGUAUUGUCAUCUAUAAAUAUGUCUGAAAAAUGCUCUCCUACAAGUAGUGUCUUCAAAGCGAUAACAUUUAGUGUGUGUUUUCCAUACAACCGAGUUGCUUUUGCUAAUUACAAGUAUAUGCGUUGAAGGAUUGUGCUUUUGUUUCUUCAACAGUUUGUGUGAAUUUCACUUGGAUGUCUUCCUACAAACAGAGGUUUCUAUUUAGCUUCGCGCUUGUCAACUUUGCAUGUAUUUAUAGCGGUUUGGUGUCUGGACACGGCAUGAUGCUGGAUCCGCCGGGUCGCUCUUCUCGUUGGCGCUACAAUUCUACAGCGCCCAUUAACUAUGAUGAUAAUGGAUUGAAUUGUGGUGGUAUGACGGUCCAAUGGCAAAAAAACAAUGGUAAAUGUGGACUGUGCGGUGAUAAUUAUGCAAUGCCCAUGCCACGAGCAAACGAAAUCGGCGGUUAUUACGGUGGCUCGGGUGUGAUAACAAAAGAAUUUCAUAAUUCCUAUACAGCUAGGGUAGGUGUACGCAUCACCACCAAUCACUUGGGUUACUUCCAUUUUGAUCUUUGCAAUCUGGUUGAAUUUGGCGCCGAGUCCGAAAACUGCUUCGCAAAGUAUUCACUACGUUUUGUAGAUGGUUCCAAUCGUCUCUAUAUUGGUAGUGCAGCGGGUUGGAUUGUUGCAGACCUUGUUUGGCCCGAACAAUUGAAUUGCAAGCAUUGUGUGCUGCGUUGGACUUAUACUGGUGGCAAUAACUGGGGACCGUGCGGAAAUGGUACAAGCGCUUUGGGAUGUGGACCGCAGGAAACUUUUGUUAAUUGUGCUGAUAUCAGUGUUGCUUUUCCAUCUAGUGAUCCUCAAAAUAUCUACCGCUCGAAUGUGCAUUCAUUGGAAGGCGAUUUCAAUGAUGAAGUACCAGAAUUCUACAGACGAAUAUGGCAAUAUAAAUUGAAAUUUAGAUAUACUUAGUUCUGCCAUAAGUUCUGUUGCAUUAUCAGAAUUCUAUAGACGAUUAUAGCUUUAUAAAACGAUAUUUAGAUAUGUUUAGUCCUGCCAAAAGUUCUGUUACAACAAUUAAUUUGUCGUUAUUAUAAUAAUAAAAAUUAUUUUA